AUGCCCCGGGCUGGGGGCCCAGGGGAGACCCCCCGGAGGAGCGGCCUGAGGAGGGCCAGCACACGUGCCCGGAAGGGGAGCGGGCGGCAGCGGGCUCUCCGGGCGGCCCUGUUUGCUGGCCGGAGGCGUGGCCGCCGCACCGGGCCUCUUGCAGGGACAGGCCCUGGCCCAGCACCCGCCCAGCUGCCUGGGGUCCCGGCGCCCCGAGCCCCUGCACGCAUCUCGAGGGCCCACUCGCCCGCCCCCACUCCCACCGGCACCCCGCGCCAGAGAGGAGCCGAGGAGCCGGGACAGGAAGGCCCAGUUUAG